AUGUUGAGGGAAAAUGGAUUUGAUCAAGUUUUGGAGAAAUGCUACUCUUUAUGUGAUAAACAUAAGAUUGUGAAGUUGGAUAUGGCUGAAGCUUAUGUUAAUACAAGAAAUUCAAGGAAAAGGAUGAACAUUACCAAUCAACAUUAUUAUAACUAUGAUAUAUUCAACACUGUUUUGGAUAUUCAGAUCCGAGAGUUUGGUGAUCGUUUUGGUGAGAUAAGCACCGACUUGCUUCAAAAUAUGGCAGCUUUGAAUCCACGCAAUUCGUUUUCUCAGUUUAACAAAUCAAGCCUAUUGAAGUUGAGUCAGAUGUAUCCCCGAUAUUUUGAAGACAAGGAAAUGAUUAUUCUUGAGCACGAACUUGAUAUCUACUAUAAUUCUGUUUAUAAUGAUGUCAGACAAGGAAAUGAUUAUUCUCAUCCUUUAGUCUAUCGGUUAUUGAAACUAACACUGGUUUUACCUGUUGCAACUGCUACGGUUGAAAGAUGCUUUUCGGCGAUGAAGCUUGUCAAGACAGAUUUAUGUAAUCGAAUUGGUGAUGAUCUUUUGAAUUAUGCCCUCAUUUGCGCCAUAGAAAAUGAAGCUCUUAGUAAUGUUAAAAACGAAGAUGUUAUCGAUCGUUUCGAAAAGAUGAAGACACGCCGAUGA